AUAUUUAUUAUAGCAUGGCUGAUAGAAGUACUUCACGAAAAUGUCUGUUGUGUAGAAUAGGAUAUUCUUUAGUUGGUAUAGCAAUUGGCGUCUCCGCAUUUAUUGUAUGGCUGGUUGUGUUUGAACAUACCAAAGCAACUAUACACAUAGUCACGUUCAGUGGAUUAUCAGCUGUUUUAGCUGCGUGGAACUUGGUUACACACAUAAUGCAUCUUCAAGAUUAUUGGAGAACAUGGCUUAGAGGUCUACGUUAUUUCAUGGCUUGUGGUGCUUUAUUCUCUAUCAUUGCUAUUGCUGGAUUCAUAACUUAUCUGGUACUGGGAAUAAAAGCUGGAAUAGGAGUUACUGUUGGGAGUUUCUAUAUAUCAUGUGUGUGGUGUUUCAUAACAUUCAAGUGGGCAUUUCUUCUUCUACUUUAUUCACGAUCAUACAGAAAUGAAUUCUCAGACCUUACAGCUUUAUUGGAAUUUUAAAUUGGGAUUAGACCAUUCGUUUUGAUCGUCUUAUUGUAAAUUGUGUUUAUUGGUAUAUCAAGUACUAUUAUAUAAUACAUUGCCAUUUUGUAACAUGACAUAAUGAGAAUUGCAAAUCAUUCACUUACAAUUUCGAUAUAAUAUUUACUUCAUUUACUUUUUGUUAAUUGUGUUUAUUGAUUUAUCAAGUAUUAAUAUUAUGAUGCAUCGCCACAGGACUAAGUGAGUUGCAAAUCACUCACGAUUUCUAUAUAAUAUUUUUUCCUCUGGUGGCUUUACUUAUAAACAAAACCUUCAAGAAUAAUUGCUAUUACUUUCGCUAUCCAAUAUUAUUGUAUACCUCUCGUUAAGUACUUCUGAAUCUCAACUAACUGUCAAUCCAUUGAUUGCCAAUAAGCUGAUUUGCGCAUGAUUAUUAUCAGGUUGUUGCCACUGUGAAAUUCUUAGUUGCUUCUAACUGACUGGUGUCAAGUGUUAAUCAAUCUGAAGCUGUAUUGAGCCAGUUUAGAUUUGCAGUAUGCUUUUUACCAGUCAAUCAUUUUUUAUUGUUUGCAUCCUAUGUAAAUAGUUGUAGCCAAUGGAGCUGACGUACUCGUUGUGAAAAUUUAUAAUAAAUGUGCAAUGCAGGUAUCUGCAUAUCAUAGGA